AGAAGGCCCUUGCCCCCGCAUGCGCACGAACGAGCGGGCUGUUUUGUGGCGUCAUGGCGCGCUCGGCUGAGGAGCUUGUAGGGCAGGUGGUUCUGCCGGGGGACGCCCUGUUCCUGCCGGGCCACGCCGAGGCGGACAGCGAGAGGCUGUGCUUGGCCACCGGAGGCCCUCAGAAAGGGCGGCUGGUUUGCGGGCCCGGUCUGAGGCGCGGCGGGGAGGGGCUGCUUGUCGCCAAGUGCGGGCUGCUGCGCUACCGCGGCGGCGGAAGUGGCUCCGGGGGAACCUAUUGGGUCGACUCUCAGCAGAGGCGGUAUGUUCCAGUCAAGGGAGACCAUGUGAUUGGCAUAGUGACCACCAAAGCUGGGGACAUAUUCAAAGUGGAUGUUGGGGGAAGUGAGCAAGCAUCUCUAUCCUACUUGGCAUUUGAAGGCGCAACCAAAAGAAACAGACCAAAUGUGCAGGUGGGAGACCUUAUUUAUGGACAGUUCAUUGUUGCCAAUAAAGAUAUGGAACCUGAGAUGGUCUGUAUUGACAGCAGUGGCCGAGCGAAUGGAAUGGGAAUCAUUGGACAAGAUGGUUUCUUAUUCAAGGUGUCAUUAGGCCUAAUAAGAAAACUCUUAGCUCCGGAGUGUGAAAUAAUCCAAGAUUUGGGACAACUUUAUCCAUUUGAACUGGUUUUAGGAAUGAAUGGGAGAAUUUGGGUGAAAGCCAAAACAAUUCAACAGACUUUAAUUGUGGCAAAUGUCUUAGAAGCCUGUGAACACAUGACUGCAGAACAGAGGAAACAAGCCGUUUCCAAGUUGUUAGACAACUGAUGGGAAGGAAUUUUAAAUAGAUAUUCUUAUGUGGAAAUGAUGACCCAGAAAUGCAUUUUUAAAUAUUUUUUAUAUUUAAGGCAAUAAAUGUUAACAGUUCAAAUACUUUUUUUUUAUUCUGCAUCUUUUGCUCUUGAGUUUGUUUUGUAACAAAUUAUGUCUGCUUGUGGCAGACUGUGACUUGUAGUGCACUUUUUGUAAAAGUAUGCAUACUUCAGACUUUUAUAACUUAGUCAGUAGUAUUUGCAAAACAAAGGCAUCCUCCCUUUGGUCUGUUAUUUUAUUCUCACUGUAUUUUUAGUGACUUGCAGCUUGAUUGAGUUGUGAAUUACUUUUUGCCAGCUCUACUUGAUGAAGCUGUGAAAAAUAAAGAAAAAGGUUUGUAUCAAUGAAA